UUCGGGUUGUGUGAAUUUUUGUAAAAUUGAUAUUAAAUAAAUUAACUUUUUUGUAUGUAAUGCUUAAAUAAAUUUAAUUGGGAAUAAAUUGAACAUUUCCAUUUAAUUUAUUAAUUUGUAAAAUGACGCAUAUGCAAUAUCUUCCGGGUGAUCCCAGAGUAGUGGAUCAAUUGGUUUACGAAUUAAAAUCCAGAGGAAUAUUCGACCAAUUCCGCAAAGAAUGCAUAUCGGACGUGGACACCCGGCCGGCGUAUCAGAACUUGCGGCAGCGCGUGGAGACGUCCGUGGCGACGUUCCUCGCGCGCCAAGUCUGGAAACCAGACCUGAACAAGAAUCAGCUGAGAGAGAAGUUGAGGAAACACAUACUUGAUGGCAACUACCUUGAGCAAGGAGUAGAAAGAAUUGUUGACCAAGUAGUCAAUCCAAAAGUGGCGUCAGUUUUCAUACCACAAGUUGAAGAUUUAGUCUAUGACUUCUUCGGAAUCUCAAGAAAGAAGCCUGCAGCCGAAACCUCCAAUGAAAAAACUGAAAAUGAUCUCUUACCUACAGACUUGGAAGCAGUUAGUCCUGGAUCUGUAAAAAGCAACGAUGAUAAAAUAGAUGUUAUGGAAACAGAUGACGUGAUAGAAGAUAAAAUGGAGGUUGAUGAAGAUGACAAAAUAAAAAUUCAAAUAAUAGAUGAUAGUUCCUCCGUAAUAGAAGUCGUUGACAAAGAGAAAACUGAGCAAGAUACAAAUAUGUCCGCCGCAAGUGCAUUUACAGUGAAUGAUUCGAAUAGUAUUGAUAAAAUAUCAAUACCAUUGCCAACAGAAGAAAUAAGACUUGAAAACAUACCUACACCCGACAAUAGCCCUCCAAAAGCACCAGAAUUAGAAAGAAUAGAAUUACCGAAACCUAUCGUGUCUUCUGAUAUACCUUUACCUGAUGAAAUAGCCAAUCCUGACAAAGAUCAGUUUUUCAAGCCUAUAAAUGUAAACAGCGAUGAUGAUUCAAGUUCAGACUCAUCUUUAAGGAGAAACAUGUCUCCUAUAACACCCAUAAGGAAUUUCAAUAACGAAAAUUCAUGUGACGCCCAACAAGCUUUCGAAGAUGAGACGAAAGAGAAAUCCGAAGAGAAUAAAGAACCUAGCUCGUUUAGAUUUGCAAUCGAAACAAAAUCUCCUGAAAAUGUUGUUGAUGAGGAUAAAGAAAAGAAAGUUGAUCCUGAACAGACAGCUUUGUCAUAUCAGUUCAAUAACCAAGUGAACAUAAACACUUUCAACACGCCUUUAUACGAUGAUAGUUCUAAUAGCAACCUUUUACAUAUUGACUAUGAAAGUGACGCUAACAGUAAGACCAAUAAUCAUGAGAAUAAAGGUCCAGAGGCAGAAACAUCUGAGGAUUCCAAAAAGGAGAAGAAAAAGGACGAUAAAAAGAGCUCCUAUAAAAGCUCUCAUCAUUCUAGAGAUUCCCAUAGACAUUCAAGUAGUAAAGAUAAACGAUCGGAUUCUAAACAUUCUACUUCUAGAGACAGCAGCAGACAUGAUAGGAAGACAUCAUCUAAAGAUGAAAACAAAUCAAAAUCUAGUUCCAAAGAAGGAUAUAAAGACAAAAGUGACAAGAAGGAUAGAGAUAGUAGAGAAUCUUCUAAGCAUAGAAGGUCUCAUAAGAGUUCUUCUUCCAGCCACAGAGAUUCCAAAUCUCAUAAAACUUCGAGCUCUAGUUCGAGUCAAAGGCAUUCUUCGUCAAGUAAACAUUCCGAAGACAAAAAAUCUUCAUCUUCUUCAAGUCACAAAGAAAAAUCAGAAAGAAGUUCAGAUAAAUCAAAGGAUUUAAAAGAAAAAUCUUCAAGAGAUUCUAAAUCAAGUUCCCAUAGAUCCGACAGGGAAAAAAAGAGUAGUAGAGAGAGUAGCAAAAGCAAACAUGAGGAUAAAGACAAAAAGAAAGAAAAGAAAGACACAGAUGAUCACUACAGUGUAUCAGGAAGAGGAAAUAACAGUCGUAGAUCAACUGAUAGAGAUUCUAAUGACGGUAGCUCGUCAUCUAAAGGAUCGAAUCAUCCGGCCAGUUCUAAAUCAUCAGAGAGUAAGAAAGACAGUAAAAGUACUUCGAAAUCUGACAACACAUCGACUAGUAGUGAAUCCACCAGCCCCAGUGACAAAGAACUAGUGUUAAAUGGAGUUGAAAGUGAAAAUAAGAAAGAAGUCAAGCAAGCAAAAGUUGUAAGAGUUGAUACACAUCUAGAAGUACCCAUAAGCGCACCUCCGAGGCUACCUUUCGUACCAGAUGUUACACUUAAAAAGCCGAAAUUCGCUGAAAACUUGCAACAGGCUAAGAAACUUAUGAAAAUGCGUAAGUUCUUAAAUGAAGAGCAGAAGAGAAUGAACCAAGAAGCAGCUUUGUUAUUAGAGUUUCAAGCUAAUGUAAGGCCAAGUUUAAGCCAAGUGUAUUCAAGUAUUCCCGGGCCAGAGCUAGAGUUUGCAUGUAUCACAAAUGCAGUUAAGAUGGUUGUUGGCGAGAAUUAUAGCGAAUCUGAAAAUGAACAAUCAUCUAUUCAGAAUGGAGAUGUUCACGAACAAGAAAGAGAAACGAGAAAUGACGCCCUCAUAGAAAUAUUGACUGCUGCUCAACAAGUUGAUAAUAUUGAAGAAAAAACUACAUUGCAAUUGGAAAAAGAUUUGACAGGCGAUGAUUUUAAACAAGAAGAAGAAGACGUUGACACAAAAGCGAAAGUUCGAAACCCGGAACUAGUCGAAGAAAUACCUGAAACUGAAAUUAUAUAUGCAUCAUCUGAAAUAGAUGAAAAAUUCCAUUUGGAUGAGUUGAAAUUGAUGAAAUAUGGAAUUAAUGAUAUUCGUGAAAUUAUAGGGGUGCCUGAGCCUGACGAUAGCGAUAUUACUGAAAAAUUUAACGACGAACCGUCAUCCGAAGAAAUUAAAAAUGUAGCUGAAGCUGAUGAUAAAACUGACUGCAAUUUAGACAAGAUGAACUUGAAAAAUGAUAAUGAUCACAAAAAGCCUCCAGAAUACUUCGAAGUGACCAUUAUAACAGAGGAACUAUCUGAAAGUGAAGAAACAGAAAAAUAUAAGGAUAUACACGAAAAAAUCAAAAGAGACACACUGCAAGAAUGCAGAGGUGAAAAAUUAUUACAAUAUUUCAGUGAAAGCGAAAAAUACAAUUCAGAAAUUGAAAGAGCUACAUUUAGCAAAUUCUUAAAAAAAAUAACUGACAAAGUUAAUAAAAGCAAAUUGUAUUUAGUCAACUGUGAUACUUACGAAGAGAAUUUAUUGAGAGAAGUUGCUAAAACACACGGCAAUUUCGAAGUUGUGAAUUAUUACAAGAACGGACAUUUCAAAUUGUCCAAAAACGUUGUUAAAGAUUUGAAUAUAUCUGCUGAAAUAACCUUACCUGUGGAAAAUGAUUUUGAAGGCCGUACACCUAUGUUUAGUCCGGUUAAAUCUGAAUGUUCGUUCGAGUUAUCUAGUGAUUAUGAUGCUAAAUUGGAAGAGAUGGUUAACAAGACAUCGAGGCAAGAAAUAAUGGAGAUUAUACUUGGUAGUGCUGUAGAAGAAUCGUUAAAUAAAAUGCCUAAAAUUGAUUAUUGUAUGGAGUCUAGUAUAGUGAAUGAAGACAAUGUAUUGAAGAGAAAGAUUGAGGAAGAAGUGGAGAGUUCGGUGAAUAAUAAUAGGCUGGUCCUAACACCGAAUAAAAUUAGGAAACUGAGUGGUUCCGAUCAGAUUACAUCUACGACUGAAGAAAGUGAAGAGAUUAGCAAUAAUAAUGUGUCGACCGCUGUGAGGUCCAAGUAUUUGGGUCGAGCGAAGAGAGUCGGGCUGCCAAGGCCUAAGAAGACCACGCUGCCAAAUAGUCCGUCGAGCGAUAAGUCCAUAGAAAAUUAUGAACAAAACGCACAGACACCCAACGGGCAACUGAAGACUCCAAGAAAAGUGCAAAGAUAUGACACAACGGACCUUUACAAACCGAAAUUACAUUACUUAUCCAGAAGAAAUAAUAUCAGUUAAACUAGCUGUGCCUGCAACUUCGUCCGCGUGGAAUAGUUAUUUUGGGCAGCAUUGAGGCCCUCAAAGAUGAAUUUUCACCUUUUUUUUUCACAUUUUCCAUUAUUUCUUUGCUCCCUUAUAGUUGCAGCGUGAUGUUAUAUAGCCUAAAGCCUUCCUCGGUAAAUGGUCUAUUCAAUGCAAAAAGAAUUUUUCAAUUCGAACCAGUAGUUCCUGAGAUUAGCGCGUUCAAACAAACAAACAAACUCUUCAGCUCAGUUUCAGUGACAGGUUGCUAGCCUGUCGCCGAAAAAAAAAAUGUCAAGUUUAUAAGCCUAUCCCUUAGUCGCCUUUUACGACAUCCACGGGGAAAGAGAUGGAGUGGUACUAUUCUUUUUUCUAAUGGUGCCGGGAACCACACACAUUUCCAUACUGAGAUUACUUACUUCUGAGAUUCAGAGUCAGAAUUUAUAUGGCGUUUCUAUGGCCACUUAUUUUGUUCAUACAUAAACAUAAAAUCACGCCUUAUAGGAUAGGCAGAGACUUAUUUUAUUCCGAAUUUUGUAGGUCAAACGAACUAUAGCUAUAAGUUAGUUAUGUAUUUGAAAUAAAGCAAGUUAUAUGCUUUUUAUAGUAUAAAGCUGCAUAUUCAUUACAAAAUAGUGUUUUUAUAUAAUUUCUUAGAUAGAAUGGAUUUAUCUAUUGUUAUAAUAUUGUAUAUCUUGAUAUUGCACUUAGGAAUAGAUACAUUAUGUUAACAUACAAUGGACUAUCAAAAUAC